AUGUAUGUAGUCUCCGGGGGCCUCUGGGGAGUGCUUUGGUCCGCACCGCGACCGCCUGACGUCGAACGGGCGAUCGCUCAGUCAGCCCCUGCGCCCAGCACAUACACACAGCGGCUGUAUGCUCGAUGGAGGCCUGUUGGCAAGUUCGAGGGCGAGACGGUCAAGAAGCUUAAAAACCCCCAAACCCACCCAGGAUCCGAUGACCGCUACAAAACGCAAGACAACAAAGAACCAGCCAAACGAGCCUUCAACCAAACCUGCCACUGUGUUAAAUGUGCUCCCUUCUUCUCAUCGGCCUUUCUCAUCAUCUUUGUAGCAGGUACCUCUGGUGUCAAAUAUCACUGUGACGGCUGCUCGGCAGAUAUCUCAAACACUGUCAGGAUCAGAUGCGCCCAUCGCCAGAAUGUGACCACCAACCUCGGGGCUCAGAUCCUCACCCAGUCUGCCCUCGUCUGUGACAACUUCGAUCUGUGUGGUCAAUGCUUCUGUGAAGGGAAAGAGAUUGGUCAACACAAAGCCUGGCAUGAUUAUCGAGUAAUCGAACCGCACUCGGUUCCAAUCUUUACCGAAGAUUGGGGUGCAGACGAAGAGCUGCUUUUGAUUGAGGCCUGUCAAAUUUAUGGACUUGGGAACUGGAGUGACAUUGCCGACCACGUGGGGAAUGGUCGGACAAAGGAAGAAGUUGAACGUCAUUAUCUGGACGUAUUCAUUGGUAGUGAUGAUUACCCACUUCCUCCAAUUGAUGCUAGAAUUGACAUAGAUCAGGACGAGUUUCAAGCUCGUAAAAAGAGAAGACUAGAGGAAGUUCACGCACGCCCAUUACAAAUGCCCCCGCCUAAGCCAGUAUCGUCCGCGCCUACUAAUCACGAAAUUGCCGGGUUUAUGCCUGGGAGAUUGGAUUUCGAAAUUGAAUGGGAAAACGAGGCCGAAAAUGCAAUCAAGGAUAUGAGUUUUGGUCGAGUCUAUCGGUUCGGUGGUGAUUCGCAACCAGAAAAACUGCCAGAAGAGGAGGAUGACUCAGGAGAACAGAAAGAGGACAAUGAUGCAGCCCCUGAUCAGAAUGAAGAAACGACAUCUUCAGAUUCUGCAGCAAAACGAAAGCGUGGGGUUGGAUCAGGAGCGGGCAAAACGACCCAAAGGACGGACGAGCCCGCAGCAAGAGUUGAUGGUAAUCAAGGGGCUUGCGUUGAUGAGAAUUGUGGUGAUGGAACGGAGCCCGAUGGUAGAGAUUCCAUGACGUCAUCUUCUGUUGAUCCACUUCAAACCGGUCCCUCCCCCAAGCCUAAAGCAAACAGUAAAGUCAAAGAGAAGGAAGAGCAGAAAGCCGACGAUGAAGAGGAUGAUGAAGAAGUUGAUGAAGAACCGCCGCUUUCAGAUGAGCCUGACCUGGAUUUAGAACUAAAACUCACCAUAUUAGACAUCUAUAAUGACAAAUACGAUCGGCGUUUGCAAGCCAAAGCGGUGGUAUUUGACAGGAAUCUUUUAGAAUACAAGAAGAUUCAAGCAGCAGAGCGAAAGAUGCCCAAAGAAAUUCGAGACUUAGUCGUCCGGAUCAAGCCUUUUGCCCGCCUCCAGACCGCAACCGACCACGAAAAGUUCCAGGAAGGCUUGCUUUACGAAAUGGCACUCCGAAAGCGGGUAGCAGAGUUACAGGAAUAUAGGAAGAUGGGUAUCACCACUUUGGCCGAUGCGGAAAGGUAUGAGAAAGAGAAGGCUGCCCGAUUGUUUGGAAAACAACGCGAAGUGGCUGGGCAUGAUCGUUUUGGAGUACGGAAACCAAGAGUUAGUGGAGCUGGUUUGAGUUUCGAUGAAGCUACUCUUAGCAGUCGAGAAGGUACCCCUGGUAGUUCAGGAAAAGGAUGCAAACAGAAAUUCGCUGUGCCAUUGAGCCUCUCCACAUCCUCCUCAAGACAACUUCUUCACCCGUCAGAGUUGGCUUUGUGUUCGCGCCUACGGAUUUUACCGAAGCCGUUCUUGACGAUCAAGGAGACGCUGUUUCGGGAACAUGUUAGGAGAGUUGCCUUAGGACAGGCCUUGCAACGAGCCGAUGUCACCAAGCUGUUUCCGCCGUUGGGUUUGGUGGAUGAGGAUCUGUUGGAAGUCGAAGAGGGAUCGAGCGGAGGACUGGAGGAGACAAUGAUCGGUGCAGGAAAUUCACUAACUCUCGACCAUAACCCUUCGCUAAGUAAGGAUCAUAAAGUAGAAAUCAUUUGGGAUUUUUAUUUCUCUGCUGGUUCAUCAAUUGCAGGCAAUGCAAUCGAUCAGAAUAAACCUAAUGAUCAUCCUAAUCUAUCUCUUAAUCCCAUCUCGUCUUAA